GAGUUAGUAGUGAGUAACCUUACAAUUCAUAUUUCGUAACACUACAGUUUUUACCUCGCGACAGCGUGCCCGUGUUUUUGUACUGGCGGGUAAUAUUAUUAUCGUCCGAUAUCGACAUAAAUAGUGUAUUAUAAUGAUUAUUGUUUCUCUAGCGAUUGAAUUGUCAUGUGUGAAGCGUGCUCAGGGGCAGUACUGAAAAAACGUUUCGCGCGUUUACUCGCGUUAACGAAGACCUGGUGGUGCAUAAUAUUAAUUGUGAUAUGUGUUUUAGUGAUGGCUGUUUUGUUAUAUUUUUUAUUUUUCCAAUCGUCCUCGAGUGAUGGCUAUGUAAUUAAACCGGGGCCCCUGUACCCCCCUACAGAGGGAUAUGUAUGGCCACAACCCCAAUAUGAAAAUAAGCAAUUGGAUUAUUUUACAUUUAAUCCAGCACAGUUUAAUGUAACAGUAACAAAUCACACUUGCGACAUCCUUAAAAAUGCCUUGGAGCGUUACUACAACAUCUGGAAGAAAAUGCACUCCACAGCUAAAGAAAACAAUAAGUGGGCCAAGCGAAAGAAAAGGCCCAAAGGCGACACGUACCAAGGCGAUGCCACGCAGCUGAGCGUGGUCCUGGAGGGAGAGUGCGAGGAGUACCCUCAUUUCGACAUGGAUGAAAGCUACGACCUCAAGGUUAACAAGAAGUCGUCUCUGGAAAGUGCAUCGAUUUGGGGAAUUCUGAGAGGAUUGGAGAGUUUCACUCAGUUGCUUUAUUUUGGCAAUUAUUAUACGGAAAUUCAUAUAAACGCCACGAAAAUAUCUGACUACCCAGACUACAAGCAUCGUGGUCUACUCAUAGACACAGGACGACAUUAUCUGUCCUUGGAUAACAUUCUGAAGACCAUAGACGCCUUGUCUAUGAACAAGAUGAACGUGCUGCAUUGGCACAUAGUGGAUGAUCAGAGCUUCCCUUAUCAAAGCACUAGAUUCCCUGAUUUAAGCGAUAAAGGUGCGUUCCAUCCGUCGCUGGUGUACACGCCGGCCGACGUCGCGCAGGUGAUCGGCUACGCGGCGGCGCGCGGCGUGCGAGUGGUGCCCGAAAUAGACGUGCCUAGUCACACGCGCUCGUGGGGUAUCGCUUACCCUCAGGUCUUGGCGAAGUGCUACAAAAAGAAUACAGAGAUAGGCCUGGGGCCGCUGAACCCCAUCAGCAGCACCACGUACAAACUACUGCGGGAACUCUUCGAGGAGGUGCAGGGAGUGUUUCCCGACAGCUACUUCCACAUCGGUGGAGAUGAAGUCAGCUUAGGGUGCUGGGAAUCCAACCCAAAUAUCAAGAAAUAUAUGAACAAACAUCACAUGACUAUUACCCAGUUGCAUUCAAAGUUUAUGUUGAAAGCGCUUAAUAUUUUGAGGAAUGAUACCAGGGCCAUAGUGUGGCAAGAAGUGUUCGACAACGGAGUACCUCUAUCGAAUGAUACACUUAUACAAGUGUGGAACUACAACUGGGUCCGUGAAAUGGUGAAGAUUCUCUCUGCCGGCCACCGCGUAGUAUUUUCGUCAUCGUGGUACUUGGACUAUAAGAACUUCCACUGGAAUGAUUAUUUUAAGGACGACCCUCGGCUAAUGGUGUAUCAGAAGGACCCCACCCUAGACCUUGACAAGAUCGUGGGCGGCGAGGUUUGCCUGUGGGGCGAGACAGCCGAUGAUACUGAUGUCAUUAUGAAAGUGUGGCCGCGAACUAGUGCUGUAGCAGAGCGGCUGUGGACGGGCCUCGACUACAUGAACCCGCCUAAAGAAUUCGUGACCACGAUGGACCGGCGGCGAAUAGAAGAGCACGUGUGCCGCAUGCGACGGCGAGGCAUCGCAGCGCAACCUCCAAACGGGCCCGGCUUCUGUAUAGGUGCUGCGUAACAAACCCGUUUGAAACAUAGAAGUGAAAGUGCAGUGCGCAGUGUGCACUCGGCCCAGCAAGAUUAGGGAGGCGGCAAAAAUCGGUUAUAUUGUAGUUGCUUUAUCGAUUCAAAAUGUCUAGUCUAUGGCCUAAUUCAAAACGUCACGAAAAACGUUUUCCGUGUAUUCGUAAUUCAAAGAGCAUUAUCUGAGCAUUAUAUACAUUUACGAGUAACGUGAUACUACUGUCGUAAUUUGUCUUUGGGAAAUUAAUUAUUUAGUACAAACCUUGAACGCUGAGUUGUUGCAAUGGAGUAUACAAUGCAAUAGGAAAUGCAAUGUUGACAGUGAUAGGAAUAGAAAAUAACUUUAUAUUUUCUAUCUCUUUAUCGUAUCCGCCUACAUAAUGUGUCGGCUUCAGACUUAUUAUAAUAGGCUUUGAGCAAAGUUUAUUUUGACAUUUCUGUCAAUCUAAAUGAUCAUGAGCUUGAUCAGGACCCAAAAAUCAAUUCGCUGAUAGCGAGCCAAAGUCAUAUUAUAUUGUGCAUGAGUUCAAAAAAAUAAGGCAAAAUGUAUUAAAGGUAAAUGUAAAAACUUAUUUCCUCCAUAAAUAUGUAAACAAAGAGCGAAAUGGAUAUUGCUUAUCUUUGUUAUCUUAAAUGCCUCUAGAACCAAAGCUCAAAUUAUAACCAUCUAUUUUGAAGUUUUACGCUGUUUUAUAAUAAGAAUAUUUUUAUAAAAUGUUUCAAUUUGGAGCUUUAGCUAUAGCAAUAAAGAUACCUAAUUAAUUGGUCAUACCAGCUAUACUCAACUAGCGGCCCGCUGAGUUUUUGCAAGUGGUCCACUUGCCACGUUGCUAUAUUGUCUUGAUGGCGCACUUAAAAAAGGUUGAUUGCAGUUGGGUGAUACCAAAGCUAAUUUUAAUGUUAAUGUCUUGUGAUAUUAUAAAUGUUACGGCUUAAAAACGAGCUCUUAAAUGUAUCUAUUAAAUUAAUUUUUAUUAUGACUUAUAAUAAAAUAAUGCCACCACAA